AUGUCCCCGCCUGCUCGCAAGAAGCGUGCCGAUUUAGGUUCGAGCGGUUCAACGUCGCCGCGCGUAGAUGCGGAGAGCGGCCUUCUACCACCAGAGUAUUGGUCACAACUGCCAGAGGAGGAAAGCGCACCAGGCGAUGAGGACUCAGCUGUGCUUGAUAAUGCUAGCUCAACUGCGUCGUUAACAUCCAGUAUCCUUCAGUAUCGAACUAUCAAUGGGAGGGCAUACCAGAGUGAGCGGGGAAAUCCCGAGUACUGGGGACCCAUCGAUGACACCGGCCAAGAGGCAAUGGAUAUCAACCACCAUGUGCUCACUCUCUUACUGGGCGAUAAGCUGUACCUGGCACCAGUCCCAGAGGAUAUUCAGACUGCAGUAGACAUUGGAACGGGAACUGGGAUCUGGGCCAUGGAGUUCGCGGAUAAGUUUUCAAAUGCUUCCGUAAUCGGCACGGAUCUUGCACCAAUUCAGCCUGGUUGGAUCCCACCCAAUCUGGAAUUCCAAAUUGAAGACUGUACCCAAGAAUGGACCUUCCAGCCCAACACCUUCGACUACAUCCAUAUGCGAUGGCUCGUCGGCAGCAUCGCAGAUUGGAAGUCUCUGUUCAAGGAAGCUUAUAAGUGCCUCAAACCAGGGGGCUAUAUCGAGAGCUACGAGCCAUCAUCACGCGUCGAAAGCGACGACGGUACAGUUCAGCCAGGCAGACGACCUUUUACGAUUUUCGAGGAGAACAUCCAGAGGGAAGCAAUGCGAGAAGCAGGAUUUAUGGACAUAGAGGAGCGUGACUUCAAGAAUCCUGUGGGAGGAUGGCCAAAGGAUCCGAAGUACCGAAGUGUAGGGCAGUUUAUGCAGACUGCCUUCGAACAAGACGCUCAGGGAACAGUUCUUCAUAUGGCUACUGCGCUGGGAUGGGCUGAGGAAGAAAUCACUGUCUUCACCUCUCACUUUAGACGCGAGAUUCGAUCACCUAAGAUCCAUUCGUAUUUUAGACAGAAGGUUGUUUGGGGACGGAAGCCUCUUUGA